AUGGAGCUGUGGAUCAGGUGGAGGUGUCUCUUAGUGGUUCUGCUCUAUGGAUCAGGCUUUAGCAGUGCCUUGGGUAGACACCGGCGCCAGUCCAACACUUGGAGAAGUAACCAGCCUGAAUGGGGAUCUCCUAGAAGACUUGGACAAUCUGCCUCUGGAUUAGGAUCUUCUAGAUCCAAUCCCUGGGCUCAGUCAGUCUCUGGUUUUGGUUCUGCAAGAGCCCUUAUGCCUGUGUACGGAUGGGGCUCCAGGAGUCUUGGCGCAGACCAUCAGUCCCGACAGCUUCCCCCACAAUCCUCCUCCUCCCCUAUCAGUGUGCAGUGUAAUGAGGACAGCAUGGUGGUGACUGUGAAGAGAGACUUCUAUGGGAAUGGUUUCCUAGUGAAGGCUUCAGACUUCCGCUUAGGAUCUUGUAGUCCUGAGACUCAAAGUUCAGACACCGUGAUGGUAUUCGACAACGAAGUCCAGGCCUGCGGGAGCCGCUUACAGAUGACCCCGGACUUCAUGAUCUACCAAACAAUGUUGAACUACAAUCCAGUUUUGAGCAACUCCGUCAUCAUAAGGUCCAGUCCAGCUAUGGUUCCAGUCUUGUGCUAUUACCCCCGCCAUGGUAACGUAAGCAGCAAAGCAAUACGACCAACAUGGGCUCCAUUCAGUACCACGGUCUCUACAGAAGAGAGGCUGGCCUUCUCCAUGUACCUGAUGACUGAUGACUGGAGUGCUCGCCGAUCAUCCUCCAUCUUCCAACUUGGGGACGUCAUGAACAUAGAGGCCUCGGUUGUAGCAGAGAAUCACGUUCCAAUGAUCUUGUUUGUUGACAGCUGUGUGGCCACCACCACGUCAAGACCCAACUCCAGCCCUAGAUACGAGAUCAUAGCAGACAAUGGGUGUCUGGUGGAUGGGACUCAAGAAGAUUCCUCUUCAGCAUUCAGGUCUCCAAGGAUUCAACCAAAUAAGAUCCAGUUCAUGGUUGAUGCCUUCCGGUUUAUUGCUACGGAUGCAUCUACGAUCUACAUUACUUGUACUCUAAAAACCAUGGAACUUCGCCAACCUCCUGACCAAAUGAACAAGGCCUGUUCCUACGUAAAGACUUCUAGAAGCUGGUCUCCUGUUGAGGGCUCCAAUGACAUCUGCCGCUGCUGUGACUCCGCAAACUGUGCUGUACCUCUUGGUCAGACUAGAAGAUGGGGUCCAGUCUAUGGGGGAAGCAGACAUAUUGGAAAGAGAGAAGUAGGCCUUCAUCCAGAGGAGCAUGCCAUGACGAUACUUGGCCCUCUAUUGGUCAUCGGUGCAGAGAACCACCAUGUGGAAUCCAUUGCAGAACGUGUCCAGGCUUCUAGGGUUCCUGAAGAGUCCCAACCCCUGGAGCUGUGGAUGUGGGUGAUGGUCAGUUCGGUCAGUGCGGUGGUCGUAGCUGUUGGCCUUGUUGUGAUUGGUCGAUAUGUUAUGAAGAGUCUGUCGCCCCCAUGAAGCUCUGUGAAAUAAAGAAACUUUACC